AUGGCUGCUCCACGUGUGUCUGCGUUUUCUGCCUUUCAGCAAUUCCAAGACACUAAAACCCAGACUGGCUUAAAAAAGAAGCGUCAUAUUAUCUCCAAGACAGAAUACAGACUGUCAAAGAAAAAAAGAAAGCCUGUCAAGCCUGAUCCUAAAGCAUGUUUGAAAUACACAAAUGGAGUAGAUGACGACAGGAGUGUGCAUGCACCUAGUAACACAAACAGCUCGAACAAGAAAGACAAAAAGUUGUGUACCGAGGCAACAAAUAAGGAUUUGGAAAGAAACAUCAAGCAGCAUGUUGGGCCUUCACUAGAGUGUGUACUGAAAAAUCUGGGGAAGAUCCAAAACAGCAAGGAGCGAGCUAAAACUUUAUUCAAGUGGCUGAUUUCUCCCAUUAAGCCCAAUGACUUCUUCAGGAACAUUUGGGAGAACAAACCUGCUCUAAUUAGACGACACAACACCAAAUAUUAUGAUGGAUUUUUUUCUACUUCAGAAUUUGACCGCAUUCUCAGAGAAGAUAAUGUGCAGUUUGGCGUAAACUUGGAUGUCACCAGUUAUACUGAUGGAGUACGGGAAACCCACAAUUCCCCUGGCAGGGCCUUGCCGCUGGUUGCAUGGGAUUAUUUCAAGAAUGGAUGCUCUUUGAGGUUAUUAAAUCCCCAGGCCUUCUCUGUCACAGUGUGGAAUGUCUUGUCUAUCCUGCAGGAGCUCUUUGGAAGCAUGGUUGGGGCAAACGCGUAUCUGACCCCUCCUGCCACUCAGGGUUUUGCACCACAUUAUGAUGACAUUGAAGCCUUUGUAGUUCAGUUAGAAGGCAAGAAGCACUGGCGAGUCUACAGUCCUAGGAAUACAUCAGAACAGCUUCCUCAGUUCUCAAGUGCUAAUUUCAGGGACUGUGAUAUUGGAGAGCCUAUUCUGGAGACAAUUUUGGAAGCUGGAGACCUUCUUUACUUCCCUCGAGGGUUUAUUCAUCAGGGUGACUGUCUUCCUGAUGUCCACUCCUUGCACAUAACUAUAUCUUCUUUCCAGAAGAAUAGCUGGAUUGACCUACUAGAAAAACUCCUGCCAGCAUCCCUGCAGAUUGCAGCUGAGGAGGAUGUUGAGUUUCGAAAGGGGCUUCCUCUAGAUUACUUGGAAUACAUGGGUGUACAAAAUGCAGACUCGGAGGAUCCACGCAGAAGCACAUUUAUAGAGAAGGCUCACUCACUGAUGAAGAAACUGACUGAGUAUACUCCAGUUGAUGCAGCUGUAGAUCAGAAGGCCAAGGCGUUUCUGCAUGACUGUCUGCCUCCUGUACUUACUCCUGCUGAGAAAGCUUGCAGUGUACUUGGCGCCCCAGCAAGAUGGGAGAACGGAGGUGUAAAAGACUGCGAAGUGCAGCUAGAAAAGGACUCGCAGAUAAGAUUUCUGAGAGGCAAUAUUGCAAGGUUGUGUAGUGAAGGAGAAUCUUGCCUGUUGUAUUAUUCAACUGACAAUUCACGGAUAUAUCAUCAGGAGGCGUCAAAGUUCAUUGAAAUAGAUGCUGAGCAUGUGGAUGCCAUAGAUUUUCUUCUGCAUUCCUACCCAAGUUACGUGAAUGUUGACGACCUUCCCUGCGAAACAACUGAUGACAAGGUUGCCUUGAUCACUAUGUUAUUUGAAAAGGGCCUACUGACCACCAAAGAGCAAGUUUCAUCUCUCUAGAAGUUCUGUAA